GUGUAAAAACGCCCCCUGACACAGACUUCAUUAGACCAACUACAGUUCUGCUUUGCAAGUCUAACUUCUCUGCUUGAUAGCAAUGAAGAAACGCGACAUGUUUGACCAUGUUUAUGAUAACACCCUAUGGAUGAAAAAGAACACACGUGGAGAGAAGAGUUCUGACAAACAGAAGAGGCAUUGUAACUGCAUAAGCGUUCUCUCUGUUGUCUUCUCACUAUCUCUACUGGCUAAUGUUAUACUGGGAUGCCUGUAUUUUAUUAAAAACACAAAUAUGUUUUUGCAUUGUGAGCCGGUAAGAAACUGCUCAAAUUCAGGUCAUGAACAAGUUAACAAAAGCUGCAAGUAUGAAGAGAACUGGAAGUCAUUAAACAACUGCCCAGAUUUGCCAGAGCAGUGGUUGAAAGGCAAAGGCAGUUUCUAUGUUUUCUCCAGCAACAACAAAACCUGGAGCUCCAGCAGGCAGCACUGUCAGAGUCUUGGUGGAGAUCUGGUCAUUAUUAACAACCCCGAAGAAAAGGAAUUUCUUGCCGAGAAAUUAUGUAUAACUGGAAAAUCGAAUCUCUACUGGACUGGCACUAGUGAGAGGAACUGGGAAGGUCAGGAACAAGUCAACUGUUUUGCACUUAAAGGAAAUACACAAGGAAAAGUGUCUUGCCAGAGAAAUGAGAGAAGCAUCUGUGAGAUUCCUUGCCUCUAACAAACAAAAGGCUGAUUACUUUUAUGGUUGUUGAGUUUUUUAAAACUCUUUCCCCGCCAUUGCAGAGUUAUUUCGUCAAUUAAGAGAAAUUGUUCCCUGCUAAUGACGCUGCCAUGACGAGUUUUUACGUUAAUCUAAAUUACCGCUAUUACCCACUAGGUGGCAGUCUUGCCUAACUUAUCAAACACUUAAGUACCCACUGAUUCAAAAACACCAAAAACUCUGAUUGAUAACAAAAGUCCUUAACCAAAUUGGAAUUAUCCCUAAAACCUGCCCAUAUUUGAGAGGUGAAAUCAGUGUUAGUACACUUAAUGCGUUGUUCCAGAAUACACACCUCUGUGUUAUUAUUGGAACAACACAUUCUGUGUUACUUUUAACACAACUUGUGGUUUAUUUGAACAGAAAAUCAACACAAAAUGACACAUUAUGUGUUAUAAUGACACAAAAUGUGUUAAAUGUCAUAACACAAAAAAAUUUGUUAAAAAAUUAAUACACUUUCUUAGAGUUUAUUUAUAGAAGAAAAUUUUCUGGAAGGCAUGAAACUUUUGUGAAAAUCAUUUAAAUGGCUAGUUACUUUUUUUAAAUGCUGGCAGGGAAAAGUUCAAUAUUUCUUUAUUUUACUAAAUAAAAUGUCUUAGCAAUUUUGUCUUACAACAGCGAUGAUAUAUAUUUUUAUAUUAAUAUGUUUAUAAGAAUUUAAUUAUACUUGUUUGUUUACCAUGUAUAUUAUAUUAAGCCAUUCUUAGUCUGUUCGUUUUACAUUGUGUUAAUUAAUAAACCCAGAAUAAUAUAUAUUUAAACUCUCAACAGAGAAUGCAUUAGGUUUAUUUCAAGUCACAUAGUGUAUUUAUGUUGAUUUUAUGCAAUAAAAAGUAAAUUUGCAUAAUUUUUCUGAAAGUUAAGACUGAAUGGACCUGAAAAUCUCAAAUGGUGUAACCGCCAAUUGUGCCAAAGAAUGAGAAUAUUAAAUAUUGUUUCCACCUUGAUGGCAUGUACGCGUUAUAUAUAUGCUGAAAACAGCUCUAUUUUCUAAAUAAUCUUUGACAAAUUAAAAAAUCAUAUUACACUAAAUUAGAUGAUUAUAUUUGAUUCCACAUUUUUUAUUAAUAUAUUUAUUUUUCCAUAAAAAAAAUACUAGUUACACCAAUUGACACAGACCGGUUACACCACAUUGACAUUUUUGCAAUUAUCCCCCAAAUAUUAUUUCCAAAUGAAAUAAAACCAGAAGUUUUAGACUUGGGCUCGGUUGCAUAAAGCACCUUAAGUGUAAUUUUCAAGUUUACCCUUAUGUUUCCCUUAAACUUAAGUGUGUUGCAGAAAAAACCCUUAAGUUUUUUCUGUUGCGUCUCCAUGGCAACAAUAGUAUUUUAUAAUGGCAAAUCUGAGUCGCUGUCGUGAAACACUUAGAUUACCCUUACCUAAAAGAACCAUUUAAGGGAUUAUACUGUAUGCAACACCCUUAAAUUAUUAUCUUGGGUGAGGAGAAUUUACCUCUUAAGUGUCAUACUUAAGGGAAAAACUUAUGGUGCUUUAUGCUACCGGGCCUUGGUCCUCAAAAAAGAAAAUGUAUGCAAGUAAUCUGCAAAUUUAUUUUUAAAUUUUAAACCUUUUACAUUUAAUUAAACCACACCGACACAAAAUAAUUACGGUCAUGUCAUUGACCCUUUUACAUGAUCGAGGUGGAUAUGAGCUACGUAUUUCUAUUUUUUGUAAAGCAUUUCAUUUCUCUUCAAAAGCAAUUUUUUAACUUUUGAUGUACAAUUCAGAAAUAAAACCGUUUUGAUUUUUUUAGACUAAAUGAGGCUAUUUGUCUAUUUUUAUAUGAACUCUUUAAUUUGUGUACUGUGAAACAAGUGUCAAAUAUGUAGAUGUUGAUUAUCAGAACAUGAAAUGUACUUUAAAGCACUAUUAACCAACUGACGGGAAAUUGCGUGCAAGCUUAAUGUUUCCGUCAAAAUGGCUGUGGCUAACCAAAACACCCCCACCAGACACGAAACACCUGCCUGUCUUCUGUAUUUUAUCACAUAUAGGACAAACAAUGUUUUCUUCAACACUGAAUAUAUCUUUUUCCACAUAAGAUGCAUAAGAAAAUGAGAGACUCCAAAUUUAAAGAUGACCGUAAGUGUCUAAUUUUUGACCUUAAUAAACAAGUAAUCUAAAAAAAAACAAGUAAUGACAUACAAUAAAGAUGUUUGAGGAAUUUGAGCACUUCAGUUGUAUCUUAAGUAUACUUUAAGUAUAUAUUGGCCAGAUUUAAAAGACGAGGCCUAUAUUUCUAGACUUGCGUAUGCGAUGUCUUUACCGAAAACAACUUGCACUAUCAUGGCUUAAAAUAUAUCAGUGUUUUGUCUCCAGUAUAGCUAAUGUUUUUCUAAGGUACAUUUAUUAAUGUUAAAUGUCCUAAUUUAUAAGACUUACUUAUUGGCUAAUAUAAGCCCUGACUGUGAAACCAAUCUAAAAAUGCUGGUUAUUUAAAAAAAAGAAUGAACACAAUCCAGAAACAUUUUGUAUUUGACGCAAUAACUGGUUAAAACUACCAUUUUUGGUUGAAACAACCCACCAAGGUUAAAUUACAACCCAAUUGUUUGGGUUUGUCCUUUUUAUAUAUAUAUUCAUGCAUAUAUUUAUGAUAUCCCUUUUCAUAGUUUUGUCAACUUGUGUUUACAAUUAACCAUCAAACCCUCUCUUUUACUAUCAAUGCUAACUUUGUUGAUGACUAUAAGUGAAUCAACGUCCAUUUUCUCCAUUCAACACGGUCACAAAAAUAAUAAACCUUCAGUUUUUAAGUUAUCAAGUGUAUUUUCAUUUGCAGGACAUUGUUCCAGAGCAAUGCUGCGGCUACUCUCUGUUCUUCUGUUUUUGUCUUUGUUAGCAAAUGGGGUACUGACAUACAUGUGUGAGUAUCUUCAUGCUUUCCAAACACUUUUACUGUACAUGUUAUAUUAAACUUAUGGGUAAUUUGCACAAUUUCUAAUUUUAUUUUUAAUCUUAUGGUGAUUCUUAAUGCGGAUUCUUCUUAGAUUACAACAAAUAUGUGAAUCGACAUUGUGAACUAAUUCAGAUAUGUCAACAUUUACUCCAAAUGAAGCAUAUAAUAUUUCUUCAACAAGAAAGGAACAUAUAUUUGAAAAUCUCCCCAUUUUCAGUUUUUGUAGAUUUUCAACCAGUCAUCUCCAAGAAUAAUAGACAACCAAACUAUUGUUCAGAUUUGAAAGAGAAGUGGUUUAAGUCAAAAGGCAGAUUUUAUGUUUUCUCCACUGACACAAUGGACUGGAACAGCAGCAGG